AUGCCAAUAAACCAUAAAACAAACAACAUGAACUAUUUAUUACAGUUGGUCGCGCUACUGGCACUGACCAGCAGCGUAUGGUCGGCGUGCGAACUCAAAUGGAUUAAAACUGACCACAAAAACCUGCCCCCGGACUCAGUACUGGUGAUCGCCAACAAUCCUGCCGGUGAUUUCUACGUGAGUCGAGCCGUAUAUAACGGUGUACUGACGCCCGGCCGAUACAAACCCGCCGAAGAGACUUGUUUUGUCACAAUGGAUGGCCACGAGUACGGCCUAAGAGAGAACUUCGAGGUCCUGACCAAUCCUAACAAGUGCUUUUUGGACUGGAAAAAAGCUCAUGAUGGUACUGUGCCCAAGGGCGCUGUAGAGUCCGGUAAAGACCCACAGGGUGGUGUGGCGUACAGCGCACGUUUGCACGAGUGGUUCGGCUGGAUGGUGGGCAAAAUGUACAAGAGCACUAAUAAAAUGUACUACGGGUGGGGUGGGGGCGAAAACGUCAAGACCGAGUACGAAAUACUAGUACUGCUAGACCAGGCGCCAGACCACACACUGCACCCCAGUUGCGCAAACCAUAAACAAUUUGACCAUGAUAUCAGUCCCACUCCUAUAACCAUCACUACAACAACUAUCAAACCGUUUACAACUGGAUUCACGCCACGGGACCCGUCGUCGACCGCGGGCUGGGUAUCGGUGAUAGGGCUGUACGCCAUCGAUGCGGUCAUUAUCGUUGCGGUGAUCGGCGCCCGUAAACUGGCCGACCGUUAUCUGCCCGCUAAACCGGCGCCGACCUCUACCGCUGUCCGUCGGUAUCUAAUUAUUGGUAGAAAGCGUGAGAAAGCACUCAUUACGGGUACGGCAGCGACUCCGGGAGCCCCGGGAGGUCCCGCUGCUGGUGGUGGCGGACCCUCCGAUUCAAAGUCCGGUUCAGAUGUUAAGGUUAAGCCAUAG